AUGCAUGGAAGCAACCAGAGUGGAGUCUCCGAGUUCCUGCUCCUGGGGAUCUCGGAGAGUCCUGAGCAGCAGCGGAUCCUAUUCUGGAUGUUCCUGUCCAUGUACCUGGUCACAGUGGUGGGAAAUGUGCUCAUCAUCCUGGCCAUCAGCUUUGAUCCCCGCUUGCACACUCCCAUGUACUUCUUCCUGGCCAACCUCUCCUAUGUCCUGCUGAGGCUCGCGUGUUCUAACACCCAAGUCAAUCAUAUGGUGCUGAUUGCCACAGGCUGCUUUAUCUUCCUUACUCCCUUAGGAUUCAUGAUCAUGUCCUAUGUCCGGAUUGUCAGAACUAUUCUCCAAAUACCCUCAGUGACUGGGAAGUACAAAGCCUUCUCCACCUGUGCCUCACAUUUGGCUGUGGUCUCCCUCUUCUAUGGGACACUUGGUAUGGUAUAUCUGCAGCCCCUCCAAACUUACUCCAUGAAGGACUCAGUAGCCACAGUGAUGUAUGCUGUGGUGACCCCCAUGAUGAACCCUUUCAUCUACAGCCUGAGGAACAAGGACAUGCAUGGGGCUCUGGGAAGACUGCUCCUAGGGAAAGCCUUCCAGAGGUUGACAUGA